UAUAUUUUAGAAUGAAGAUUUUAAAAUUCAUGUUAUUUUACCUGAUGAGAGAAACCUCAAGAAGCUAAAGCUGUCGGGAGAAUGGAGACUACAACAGCAAUUAAUUGAAAGUGGAUACAAUAUAGUUGAAGUACUUGAAAGAUGUAAUUCUUUGGAUGAAUUUCUUAUUGAAUUACAGAAUCAUCUGGAACAACAAAUCAGAUUAGAAAACAAAGCAAAUGUGAUUGAACUUCCUCCUUCAUAUUAUAAGGAUAUUUUAGUACAAUUGGAAAAACUGGAAUGGAAAAAAUUAAAAUAUAUCAAUGAUCAGUGGAACAAAAUUCACCUCGAAGCAAUUGACAGUUGUGGAAGAUCACAUAUUUUACAAUUAAUUAUUCCAAAUGAUUAUCCAAACAAAAUGCCAGAAUGUAAAACUAAUCUUCCCCAAUUUGAUUUAAAUACUCUUAAGAAAACAAAUCUUGAUGUAAUCUAUAAAGAAUUUGAAUCAAAGUUAAAAGAUUAUCAGUUAUUUUGGAACUGUAUGGAUGAAAUUGAUAACAAUGUUUGGGUAUUGGAACCAAAUCAUCCUAGUAGAGAAGACUGUAAAAGAAGAAUUGCUAUAGGUCCAAAUUCUUCACUUCAAAUAAAUGUAGAUCCAAACAAUCCCACAGCAAUUCCCGAAUGUUAUUUUUAUGGACCAGAACAAACUGUUGGUCCAUUGAAAGGAUUAUUUCAUUCAAAUUUGGAAACAUGGAAUGAAAAUUGUUCACUUUUAUACAACCUUCAAUCUCUUUUAAAUAUUAAUUUUCCUUUAAAGUCAGAAAUAAACAGAGAGGAACUUCACUUGGAUUGUGGAAUUUGUUAUUCUUAUCAACUAAAUAAUACAUUGCCUGAUAUAUUGUGUGAAAAUUCAAAAUGUCUACAACCUUAUCACCUUAACUGCUUAUAUGAAUGGCUAAAAUCACUUCCAACUACAAGGCAUAGCUUUAACAUCAUGUUUGGAGAAUGUCCAUAUUGUGAACAGCCCAUAAUGUGCAAAAAUGUACAUCAUAUGAAGGAAAACAAUGAAUAAUGAUUACAAGAAAUAUAAAUUUAUAUACAUAAAAAAGAUGUACAGUUAGCUUUGAUACUGUAUCUUCUGAAUACUUUAAGGAUGUACUCAAUUACAUGGAUAAUAAAAAGCAACUGUGGAUUUUUACUAUA